GGUCGAGAUGCCACCGCCAGGACGUGGAUACGGAGGACCGGCCAGGGGUCCCGGAAUCGCCUACGGACCACCGCCACCUCGUGUUAAUGUCGGUAUCAACAUUGGCGGACCACCACGUCCUCCGCCCAUGGGCGUGGGCAUUGGUUUUGGUCCGCCCCCAGUGGUGAUUGCACCACCGCCGCCACCAGCUGUGAUCAUCGGCGCUCCACCGCCACCACCCGUGGUGGUGAUGCCUCCACCACGACCCACCGUUGUGGUCGGUGGCCAAGCGCCAGUGGCCACUGUGUAUGCCCAGCCCCAGGGAGAGGUCUUCUGCUGCACCAUUCUCUGAUGCAAGUUCACGUUGGGACAAACUGUGCUCUUAUAUAGAUCUAUAAACAACUUUUAUACCCCUUAAAUUAGUGAAAUAAAAUAGUUUCAACUGUAUGCUUAAAUCGGA